UUGAUUCGUUCACAUGGCUCCACUACGAUGAGAGACGGGAUCUUGCGUUCUGCCAUCUCUGCAUGGCGGCUAAAAAGACGGGCAAGAUCGGCAACACGAAGGUAGACGGCUUCUUCAUCAGUGAUGGCUUCUCCAACUGGAAACAGGGUCCCGUGAAGUUCUGGAAGCACGACGGCAGCGAGUGCCACAAGGAGACGGUCGAGCGACUGGUGACGCUUACCGCCACUACGCGUGACGUGGGAGAGACGCUGUCGGCGGGGCACGCUAAGGAGAAGGCCGACAACCGGAAGCAGCUGCUGCAAAUCCUACGCAGCAUACGGUUCCUCGCACGCCAGGGCAUCGCGCUACGUGGGCAUGAUGACGAUGAGGGAAACUUCAUGCAGCUGCUACAACACCACGGUUGUGUGUUGUGAAUGUAAUGUUAAUGUUAUUAUUUCUCAUAUCACGUGUUAA